CUUAAGGGUUACCACAUGUGUUUAAGAGCUAGGUGGUCGAUUCAAUCUGGAUAACCUGUUUGUUGUUCUUAAUUGUCCCAAGGGCAAGGUGUGUCCUUCAGAGGGCAUCCCUUUUAUGCUGAGGAAGACCAUUGUUUGAACUCUCUAUCUCUUCGUUUACAUUCAUUGUGGGAUAGGAUUGCCUUCAUGCCUUUUCUAUGCACAGGAAUACACAACUUUUGUUCCAUUUUUCAUUCACAGAUGGUUCCAUGUUGCAUUUAUGCUCCAUUUUAGUUUAUGCCAGGAGACUAUGUCUGACGUAUAAGCUUUAUCAAAUACAUGGGCCCUGCUUCAUACAUUGUUAUGAGUUCUGCACCACAUAUUUGACUCUACUAUAUUGCCUUCUUAGGAUCUUUGCAUAUAAUGUUCACAACGUUGUUAUUGUUGCGUGUUUGUCCUUAGGAAUCAUUUCUUAAUUUAUGUCUUGAUUUGAUAUUGUAAUAAAUUUGAAUUAUGAUCAGAUCAUAGGUGAUAGAUGAUUUAUUAAUCUCUAAUUUUUCUCCCUGAUUGUGGCAGAUUUAGUUUCCUCUUUGGGACUAAUUCUGUCUAUAAACCAGUGGCUGUCAUUAAAAAAGAAUAAGAGAAAUUAAAUUUUUCCUUUGCUAUUCUUAUAGUCAUAAAUAAGGAAAACAAAGCUUAACAAGUGGUUAUCUAGAAGCUCUGAGUGAGUAUCGGUGUUAUGUCUUAGGCUGCAUUUUAAACUAAAAAUCCCAACAGUAGCCUAGAGUUGUAUUAAUUAAAAUAUAUUUGUUUUCAUUUCUCAUAUCUUUCUCUAUGUUAAAAUGAUCUAGAGUUAUAUUAUUCAUCAUGAAUUUGGGCUUAUUUUAUUGAUCAUAAAUCUUGUGAUUCAUGAUACGAUUCGAUACAUAGGCUUUCCGAUACAUAUUUUGUGUUCCAAUUCAACUACCAUGAUCCUAAGCCUCAAGAAAUUCUUUCAUUUGGUAAAGCCAAGGAGGUUGAAAGUUUUCAGCAGUGUGAAAUAUAUGCAGUUAUAUGGUGUAUUCAGUUGGUGAGGAAUGAUUGCAUCUUUAUGUUUCAGAACUUGUUUUGGAAUGAGAUUGUCUUCUAGCCUCUAUCUUGUUCUCCUGUGGUUCUUUUGAGGGAGUUUUCAUUUAUCAUAUGGAGAGAGGCUGGAGAGCUGGACAGCUUUGCUGAAUUUUUAAUUUGUUUUGGAGGAUAUUUUAUCCUCCCCUUGUUUCAGUUUGUCUUCUCUCAUAAAAUAUCAUUUUCUGUUUUAAGAAGACUUGAAACUUUUAAUGUAGUAUAACCAGUAGUACUCUGUCAUGAAUCAACUAUCCUAAAAGCUUAUACUAUUAAGUGAACUUGAAUGGUUUUAUAUUGCAUCUCUGAAAGGCCCCUCACACAAGAGCCCUUUGGGAUUAAAACUUGGAUUAUGCACAACUUUUCCAUCUAGUUUGUUGUUUUCGUCUGUUCCAUUCCCUUCUAUCUGAUGCUUGACUUUUCCAUCUUUUGAUGUAGUUAUGUGAAAAAGGAAAAAUUGCCUGAGGUGGUUCAAUCACUAUGGAAUCCUGCAAUUGUAUUGACCCACAAGUGCCAGCUGAUGACUUAUUGAUGAAAUACCAAUAUAUCUCUGAUUUCUUCAUUGCCCUUGCUUAUUUCUCAAUCCCUUUGGAGCUUAUCUACUUUGUUAAGAAAUCAGCAGUAUUUCCAUAUAGAUGGGUCCUUGUUCAGUUUGGUGCUUUUAUAGUUUUAUGUGGAGCAACACAUCUAAUUAAUUUAUGGACCUUUAGAAUUCAUUCAAGAACUGUGGCUGUUGUAAUGACCACUGCUAAGGUUUUAACUGCUGUGGUAUCAUGUGCAACUGCCCUCAUGCUGGUACAUAUUAUUCCUGAUUUAUUAAGUGUUAAAACUAGGGAAUUAUUUUUGAAGAACAAGGCUGCAGAGCUUGAUAGAGAAAUGGGCCUGAUUCGCACACAAGAAGAAACUGGUCGACAUGUUAGGAUGUUGACUCAUGAGAUUAGAAGCACUCUUGAUAGACACACAAUAUUGAAAACGACUCUUGUUGAAUUAGGUAGAACUUUGGCACUAGAGGAAUGUGCGUUAUGGAUGCCAACACGAACUGGUUUGGAGCUUCAACUCUCUUACACAUUGCGACAGCAGAACCCAGUUGGAUACACAGUACCCAUUCAUCUUCCUGUUAUCAAUCAAGUAUUUAGUAGCAACAGGGCAGUAAAAAUUUCACCUAAUUGUCCAGUUGCUAGAUUACGACCUUAUGCUGGAAAAUACAUGCCUGGGGCAGUAGUAGCUGUUCGAGUUCCUCUCCUACAUCUUUCUAAUUUCCAAAUAUAUGAUUGGCCUGAGGUUUCAACAAGAAGUUAUGCUUUGAUGGUUUUGAUGCUUCCAUCAGAUAGUGCUAGACAAUGGCAUGUGCACGAGUUAGAACUGGUUGAGGUAGUUGCUGACCAGGUAGCUGUUGCUCUUUCACAUGCUGCAAUCUUAGAAGAGUCAAUGAGGGCAAGGGAUCAGCUCAUCGAGCAGAAUGUUGCAUUAGAUCUAGCAAGAAGAGAAGCAGAAACUGCAAUUCGUGCUCGUAAUGACUUUUUGGCAGUUAUGAACCAUGAGAUGAGAACUCCCAUGCAUGCAGUUAUUGCACUCUCUUCAUUACUACAGGAAACAGAUUUGACAGCUGAGCAACGACUGAUGGUGGAGACAAUAUUGAAAAGCAGCAAUUUGUUGGCUACCCUCAUCAAUGACGUUUUGGAUCUUUCACGGCUUGAAGAUGGCAGUCUUCAACUUGAAGCAGCAACAUUUAACCUCCAUUCUUUGUUCAGAGAGGUCCUUAACUUGAUUAAGCCUGUUGCAUCUGUUAAAAAGUUAUCACUCACUUCACAUGUAGCCUCAGAUUUGCCAAUGUAUGCCAUUGGUGAUGAAAAACGUCUCAUGCAAACUAUUCUGAAUGUUGUUGGUAAUGCUGUGAAGUUCUCAAAAGAGGGUUGCAUUUCCAUCACUGCUUUCGUUGCAAAGCCUGAAUCCUUUAGAGAUGCUAGAAUUCCUGACUUUCUUCCAGUGCCAAGUGAUAACCACUUUUAUUUGCGAGUACAGGUAAAAGAUUCAGGAUCAGGAAUUAAUCCACAAGAUAUCCCGAAGUUAUUCACUAAGUUUGCACAAAACCAAUCAUUAACAAGAAAUCCUGCUGGAAGUGGACUUGGCCUGGCAAUUUGUAGGAGGUUCGUAAAUCUUAUGGAAGGGCAUAUUUGGGUUGAAAGCGAAGGUAUUGGUAAAGGAUGUACAGUCACUUUUAUUGUAAAACUUGGAAUCCCAGACCGAUCAAAUGAAUUUAAGCUACCUUUUGUACCUAAAGUACCAGGAAAUCAUGGAUCUACAAACUUUGCUGGGCUCAAAGUUCUUGUCAUGGAUGACAAUGGGGUUAGCAGGACAGUAACAAAAGGACUUCUUAUGCAUUUAGGAUGUGAUGUAACAACUGCAAGCUCAAGUGAAGAAUGUCUGCGUGUUGUUUCUCUGGAACAUGAAGUGGUCUUCAUGGAUGUUUGUACAGGGUUAGAUGGUUAUGAACUUGCAGUCCGUAUACAUGAGAAGUUUACGAAGCAUCAAGAUAGACCACUGAUAGUUGCUCUUACUGGAAACACCAAAAAGGUAACAAAAGAGAACUGUAUGAGGGUUGGUAUGGAUGGCCUUAUAUUGAAACCUGUUUCUGUUGACAAAAUGAGGGGUGUUUUAUCAGAACUAUUGGAGCGCCGAGUUCUGUUCGAAAGUGUUUAACCUGUUAGAUUGUUGUACAUAGCUAUAUCAAAUUUGGAGAAGAGCACAAACUUAUGAAGCAAUGAGGCAAUUGACAUUAGUUGUCAUCCUUUUUGCUGUUUUGAGAUCCCGGCAAAAGGAACAACGAUUGAGUCUGCGUUGUUAAAUAAUUUUUUGUGAACACAAGUUCGUAUAUGUUGUGUAUUCUGCAUUUUAUAGCAGACUUUCGAUGUUUUGCAAUGGCGGUAAAAUUGCAUUUAUACUGUCCUAGACUGUUUUGAUUAAUUGAUUUAAGUUUAAUUACUUGUUAGAUCUCUAUACCUGUAUAGUCUUUGUUUUAGUCUCUACAUUCAAAAUAUUUGGUUUAGCCCCUACGCAUAUGUACCUCCGUUCCUAUGGAUAAGACUUUUUUCAUUUUA